GGCCAGGGACCGCUGGGGCGAAGGACUGAGAACUGAGCGGUUGAGUGACCAGAAGACAAGUUUCGGUCAGUAACCGGACUCGAAAUGGAGAAAGCACAAAGGCUGCGGCGCUGCGGAGAGAGAACCGUGCUGUACUGCGUGGUGCUGCCCGUGUGCGGGGCCGCUGCGGCCGGGCAGAUUCGCUACUCGAUCCCCGAGGAAAUGCAGAAAGGCUCCUUCGUGGGCAACAUCGCGCAGGACCUGGGGCUGGAGGCCAAGGCGCUGUCGGAGCGCGGCGUGCGCGUGAUUUCCAGAGGUAGGACGCAGUAUUUCGCUUUGAAUGUAAAGAGCGGCCAUUUAAUCACGGCGGAGCGGCUAGACAGGGAGCAGCUGUGCGGCCGGGCCGAGAAGUGUGUCAUCAAUUUUGAGCUUCUUGUUGAAGAUGAGGUAAAGCUUUUUGCAGUUGAAAUCGAACUCACAGAUGUGAAUGACCAUGCCCCGAGCUUCCAGGAGGGGAAGCUGGAGUUCAGGAUCAGUGAGACAACUGCCGUGGGAACACGGUAUAGUCUGGAAGAGGCGCAGGAUCCGGAUGUGGGGAUUAACUCUAUCCGGGACUACCAGCUGAGCAGCAACGAGCACUUCUCUCUGCAUGUGCAAGCGGGAGCUGCUGGGGAUAAAUACCCCGAGUUGGUGCUGGAGAAGCCCCUGGACCGAGAAGAGCAGGCUGGUCAAGACCUCAUCCUCACCGCCACUGACGGCGGAGAUCCGGUCCGCUCCGGCACGGCGCGGAUCCACGUGGUGGUGCUCGAUGCCAAUGACAACGCGCCCGUGUUCAGCCAGCCGCUCUACCGCGUGAGCGUGCGGGAGAACGUGCCCGUGGGCUCCGCGCUGCUCACAGUUAGCGCCACGGACGCGGACGAGGGGCUCAACGCUGCAGUCGCCUACUCGCUGCGGAAGACGAAGGACAAAGCGUCUGAGACCUUCCAGGUGGACUCUCGAACGGGAGAUAUCGUGACGGUGGGGACUCUGGACUACGAGGAAGAGGCCGUCUAUGAAUUGGAGGUUCAGGCAAGGGACAUUGGCGAUUUCUGGGGCCGGGCAAAAGUACUAGUGACUGUCCUCGACGUGAAUGAUAACGCGCCCCAAAUCACAGUCACCUCUCUCUCUACGUCACUCAGUGAGGACAGUCCCCCGGGGACCGUGAUUGCACUCCUAUACAUUAGAGACAAAGAUUCCGGCGGAAACGGGGAGAUCACGUGCUCCAUUCCGAACCAUCUCCCUUUUCGACUCCAGAAAUCUUUGGAUACUUAUUACAGCCUGGUGACGGCCAGAGACCUGGACCGGGAACAGGUGGCGGAUUACAACAUCACGGUCACUGCCAAGGAUAGCGGGACGCCACCUCUCUCCACCACGACGUUUGUGUUCCUAAAGAUCUUAGACAUAAACGACAACGCGCCGGCCUUCAGCCAGGCGGCCUACAGCGUGUGGGUGAGCGAGAACAACGCCCGCGGCGCCUCGGUGUUCUGCGCGCGGGCGGCCGACGCGGACUGGGGCGACAACGCCCGGGUGACGUACUGGCUGGCGGAGGGCGAGCUGCAGGGCGCGCCGCUGUCGUCGUGGCUGUCGGUGCAGGCGGAGAGCGGCGCGGUGCAUGCGCUGCGCGCCCUGGACUACGAGCAGGUGCGCGAGUACAACGUCACGGUCACGGCCACGGACAAGGGCGCUCCGCCGCUCGCCACCACCCAGCCCGUCCGGCUGCAGGUCUCGGACGUCAACGACAACGCGCCGCUCUUCGAGGAAGCGUCGUACAGCGCCUACGUGGCGGAGAACAACCCGGCGGGGGCCUCGCUUCUCCGCGUGCGAGCCUCGGACCCCGACCUGGGCCGCAACGGCCGAGUCACCUACUCGCUGGGCCGCCCCGACGGCGCUCCGGAAUGGAAGGCAGGUCCCAAGCAGAAACCCAAGUACAGAGAGAGGUCUGUACCUUACAGCUACAACCUGCAUUGGGACUCAACUUUUUCAACAGGGAGCAAGGAUUCUGAAAAUAACUGA